AUGGCGAAACGCAAGGCACCUGAAGAACUCUCCACUAAUUUGAAUACUAUCAAAGCUCGCAACCGCGUCUCCAACCUUACUGAAGAUGAGAAGGCUGUUCAUUUAGCACUCAAGGCUGACCAUGGCGAUCUGAGCUACUACUUAAAGAAGUUAUACAAGUCUGCAAAGUAUAUCGCUGCCUCUGCUGAAGACAAGACACGUCUACAGAAUGAAUUGAAGGUUGAGCGUAUUCGUGUUCGGACUGAAAAGGGCACCCAUGCAUCUUGCAUUGCGAAUCAGAAAGUCAAGAAUACUAGCGCCCCUUCUUCUUCUCCACAAGCCCCACCAUCUACUCCGCCACAACUUCUGUCUGAGCUUGUUGCAUUUGAGGGUAUCACCAGUAUCCCAAUCGAUGACGAUCAUAACAGCGAAUGGGAGGAUACUGAGGUUGAAGACGAUUUAGAGUUGGAGCUUAUGUUACGGCGCGACGAUAUUUUAAAUGACGAGGCUGUUCUACCAGAUGAGCUUUCUGAUGAAGAGAUCGCUAGCAUCCAGGCUCUCUUAACUCAAGCACGCAUUGAUGCCCAUGAAGAGUCCAAUUUCCGCAAGUGGCAACAUUUCUGGGAUAGCUGUAUCCGCUCAUAUACGAGAAAGGCUGGAAAGCUGAGAAAGAAGCCUGAGCAUCUCUUUGAAUAUAUGCCAUGGAUUGAUGUAGAAGAAGGCACUUUUCACAACGUUAUCCCACCACAUAAAUAUUUCUGUUUGUACGAGCAGGCAGUUUGGACAAACUUUACAGCUUGGAAGUUUGGAAAGUGGGCCCAAUUACCAGGACCUGCGCAGUGGUACCCAAAGUCUUACAAUCUUGUCGACAACGGAUGGUUACAAGUCUCCACUCAUAGUUCUAGCUUCAAAGAGGCGUUCUUACUUGUCUACUCUAAGAAAUUUGAUAAGGAAAAGUGGGCUAAGGUAUCAGCUGCACAGGAUAUGUUGUUUCUGGAGUUAGAGUAG